CCCUGGUUCAAAUAAUGCCACCCUGGUUUUUGUUUUGUAAAGUGAAAUUGUUGCAAGUCAAACAACAAUAAUAAAAAUCAUUUAAAGCGCGUACAAGAAGUCAAAAAGAAUUGCCCACACAAAGCACGGCGACAACUGCAAGUGGCUGAACAAAUGACCACCGCCGCCUCCACAUCGCAGCAUGCGACAUCGUCCUCCACAAUGAUGGCGGGAUCUGGAUCCUUGGCGACCUCGUCGUCCGCCGCCGCCCCCACAACCACGCCCAGCAGCUCGGCAGUUCGCGCCCUGGCCAUGGAGUACAAGUCGCUGCAGGAAGAGCCGGUGGAGGGAUUCCGCGUCAAGCUGAUCAACGACGACAAUUUGUUCGAAUGGGAGGUGGCAAUCUUCGGGCCACCGGACACCCUCUACCAGGGCGGCUACUUCAAGGCACACAUGAAGUUCCCGCACGACUAUCCAUACUCACCGCCAUCCAUACGCUUCCUGACCAAGGUCUGGCAUCCGAAUGUCUACGAGAACGGUGAUCUGUGCAUAUCCAUACUACAUCCGCCGGUGGAUGAUCCGCAGAGCGGCGAGCUGCCCUGCGAACGCUGGAAUCCCACGCAGAAUGUGCGCACCAUCCUGCUGUCGGUCAUAUCGCUGCUCAACGAGCCGAACACAUUCUCGCCGGCCAACGUGGACGCCUCGGUCAUGUACCGCCGAUGGCGGGACUCACAGGGUAAGGACAAUGAGUAUCCAAACAUCAUACGGAAACAGGCACUGGCCGCCAAUGCCGAGGCCAAGCGGGAGGGCAUUGUGGUUCCGAUGACCCUGGAGGACUACUGCCUGAAGCCCACGCGCAAGCCCACAACGGAGUCUGGCCUGGAUGCCAACUUCUAUGAUGAUGACUUCGAUCUGGAGACGGAGGAUGAUCUGCCAUCUGAUGAUGACUUCGAUGAGGACGACGACGAAGAUGAGGACGAGGAUGAAGAUGAGGACAGUGCCACCGCGCCGAUUAGCAAAAAUAUUGGAGGCAGCAGCAAGUGCAAGAACAACGGGCUGGUCAGAGAGGCGCCCGCUGCCGGAGCGGACGAUGCCGAAUCCGCUGAUGACAGCGGCAAGGGCGAGACCACAUAAUGCAGCCAGGCCAGAGUCGCGUCAUCUCUUCCUCCCACUCCUGCCCAGGGCGGCGAGCCACCGCCUUUUAAUUUCUCCAACAUUAUUACUAUUAUUAAUUCUAAUUAUACACGUUUCGAAACUAAACCGAACAACUGAGAAAACAAUUAUUUAGCAAGUUUAUACGUACGAGGGUAGUUGAAACAAUGGUCCUACGCUGAUUUCAUCUACUCAAUUUUACUUUGAUAACUAAGAUGAUUCGUAUAAGCUACAGGUUAUAUGCAUGCGGGCUAACUCAAUUCCCAGCCUGUGGGCAAGCAAUUAAGAGUUCAGGGACUUCUCCAAAUCCAAACGUUUAUACGCAGCAGAAACACACAACACAGAAACAAGAAUAAAACCAAUAACACAAGAAACUCAAACAGAAACUGAUUAUCAAUAUACACAGCAUAUGUACUAGGUAUUUAAUAUUUAAAAAUAUACAUAUACACAUUUUUAAGAGCGGAAACGAAAUACAAAUGUCCCAAUUCGCGCGACGCGGCAUCCUAUCGUACAUAAUGACACAGCAUCAAGGUAAAGAACAGCAAAAAAA